AUGACAUCCAAAAAUUCGACUUUACCAUCGGUGGGAUCAACCGCAAGCGGUGCUCAUAAACGGAACUCGGAUGAUAUUGGUUGGGAAUAUGGUUUUUGCCUGGAUAAAAACAAGAUGGAUACAAAGAAAUGUAUCAGUGGACUUCCAAGGUUUAAGAAAGUCUUAGAUCAAGCAAAGAAAUUAACCAUCUUCAUUUAUGCUCACCACAAAACCUUGGCUAUGAUGAGAAACCACACCAAGAAAAGGGAAAUUAUCCGACCGAGAUUUAACACCGAGAGAACUUUUGAUGAAGAUUUCGAAUCCGACAAUGAUGAGAAAAUGUUUGAAGAAGAUGAAUAUGAGUCGGAUGGAGUUCAAAUAGUGGAAGAACUUGAAGAUUAA